AUGGCGCCCAAAGUAGAGCCGGCAGGACAAGCAGCAGGCCAGAAGCGCAAAGGGAACUCGACGGAUGGAGGGGGCUGGCGCAACAAGCGACAAAAGACGCAACGCGACGCUCGCACCCUAGCGGUGCAGACGAGCUCCAAGGCCUUCAAAAAUGGAGAGCUCGACGUGGGAGCCUUUGUCAAGGCGCGCGAGUAUGAGAUCCGAGCACUCGAAGAGGGCAUGGCGCGGGCCAGAAAGGGCCUCACACAACGAGCCUUUCAACAAGUGCCCAAGGACCUGAGACGCAGGACGGCCAGUCACAAUGCGAAGAGAGUACCCAAGAGACUGCGCCGUCAGGCUGUGCGAGAGGUUGGUCGACUGCAGACCAUGGCCGCGACGAGGCUAACAUCGCACAGNAUGGCCGAAGACAACACGCCAACCGUAACAUCGCGUCGUCGUAAACCCAGUGGCCACAUGCGGCUUCGCAUGGACACCAUCAACCGUCUACGAAGCCUCGGCCGCAAGAAGACGCCGUCGCCUGGCCAGGGCAUUGUCGCCAGGUCGCUGCAGCCCAAGAAGAACACGCUCGCGUCCCCUCCUGUGCCCAAGGCAAAGUAUCGGAAACGUCAACUUCACAAGACGUGGUUGCCCACACACAUGUUUCAUGCAAAACGAGCCCACAUGACUCCUCCGUCUCAGCCCCUCUGGCGCUUUUCCUUGCCCUUGACAUCAACUGUCAAAAGCUAUCGCCCCACUCAUCGUGCGAGUAAAGACCGUGGAGCCAUUGCUUGGGAUACAAGCUACAUGUCUACAGUCUCCAUACACGGUAAUGAGCAGAGUAUAACAUCUCUUCUUCGUGCGCUGGGAGUUGGCUCAUCCGAUGCCGCCUGGACGAAAAGAGGCCAGAGGUGGAGACAAGGUUCUCGUAUAUGGCAAGGUUGGCUUUAUGAGCGUGACAUGUCUCCAACUCACCCCAUUGCUCCUGCCACGAUUGUUUGGCGACCAGAACGAGACUCCCCUGCAAAACAACGCCAGAUUUUUAUUCGUCUUCACCCAUCAGCCUUCUCCCAGCUCUGGGACCAGCUCAUCCGACUGGCCAAAAUUCAGAAACCCCAAUUGACCAUCCAAGAUUUGCGAUUCGAGAUUGGAAGCAUCGAGAUUAUCGGUCCCGCUUCAACCGAAGCUCUAACAAGUGCUCUUCGUCCUGCACAUACUAGUCAAGGAGAAAAGCUAACCGUCCAACAAACAUGGCCACUGUUGGCAGGCAUCCAAAACCCCUCAACUUUGCCUGCAAGUGCUCUUCUCGCUUUCGAUAUCACCGAUCCGCGACUGCAUCACCCUCCGCAAACUGCACCCUGCGCCACUGGAACGCAAGAUUCUCGACUUCUCGAAUUGCUGACGGAAUGGCCUUUUGAUGCUGCACAAAUGACGACAGGUAUUUUCGAUCGUGCAAGAAGACUAGCAUCUUGCCGUGCUAUGCAGAGUCAAAAAACCAUCAACCGACGCAAAUCCGCCGCUACGCCAGGUACCUAUCCUGAACCAUUGGCUCAAGAUCCUCGCAUUCCAAUCAUGGCAUUUCCAUCACCUUCCCAACCAAAUCCAAAACAAAAAAGCAAAGAGCGUACGUCUUGCUCGUGGGUCAUUCUUUUGCCGUGGAAAGCAGUCCCUGCCGUUUGGCAAAGUCUCAUGUAUUAUCCCAUCUCGAGUGGCGGACAAGUGAGAAUGGGAGGCUUGAAUGAGCAACGCCAAGUUGCCUUUGAGACUGGCGUACCUUGGUUUCCUGGCGACUUCCCAGGCACCAAAGCGGGUGAUCUCUGGGAGGUUUCAGAGAGUGCGAGAAGAAAGGCGCAAUGGGAAGCAAAGCCCAAAGGCAAAAGGGUCGAAUGGGACGGUGUCGCCCUGGGUCCUGGCAGAAAAGGCGAAGAUGGUAGUGGAUGGGCCUGUGACUGGGCCUACUGCUCUGAUAACACCACAGACCAGGCGAAAGAGGAUCUCACAUCGAAAAUCCAUCACAUUGCUCCAAGCCUUGCUCAAAGUGUCGUUGCUGGUCAGGCCACGUCCAUCGAACAUCUACCUCAGGCUGUUUCGACAAUCCGCAUCACCUUACUUGGACGUGGAACCCCUGAGCCUUGCGCACGAAUCUAUCGCUUGCCAUUGGCGUGUGGACCAGAAAAGACCAUAUUGCGCGACCAGUGGCUUGCUCUCGACCCGGCUCGAUCAGAUUCGUGUGCCCAAAAGAAGAAGCAUCAACGAGGCCUGCCAUCGUCUGUGUUGAAGUCAACUUCUCCGGCCGACAUACAGCAGCGAUUGGCUGCGGAUUUGUUGGAGCCUGCGCAACUAGACAACCACGACUGCUGUCCACCACUUCCUGGCAGAGAAGACCUCAUUGGUUUUGUCACAAAGGGCGAGUUCAGCCUGACAGAAGGCAGAGGUGUUGCCAUUGGUAGUGUCUUUGUCCAGAAGUCGAUCGCGACUGUCGAUGCUGCUGUAAAGGGACAUCACAUGUGCAUUGUCAGAAAUGCUGGAGAAACAGUGGGCAGACUGGGCAAGAUGGAGUUCGUUUGA